AUGGCGCCUUCACAUUCGUUUAUUCUUUUCUUGUCAUUCGUUUUGACCCCAUUCGUUCAGGCUGCCCCUUGGAUCGUGACAGAUGUCUACGAGCAAAAAGUUACUACAAAUUACUAUGACGAGGUGACCACUGUGGUCCAGCAAAUCUCUCCAACUGCAACAUUGCCAUCCGAGGCCCUGUCCACCAUUACUUCCACAGAUACCAUCUAUGACUACACCGUUAUCCAAAAGCUGUAUCCCACGGGCUAUGGUGUGGAGCGCGGCUCAUACUAUGACUACCAUGACGGUGUGGAUAGCGAUGGAAACUAUCUUAGCACCAUCUACAAGGUCAACCUGACUUACUCGGCCCCGACAGCCUGCUCUACUCAAUGGACCACCACGACCGGUGUCACGAUCACCCCUCCUUAUGAGAUCGCGACCUUGUUGCCCAGAGAUAACGUAGAAACCUCGACAUCCGUCGACAACGGCAAGGCAUUCCAACCCACCACCUACAUCUAUGAGAUAGUGUUCGUGGAACCCACCCAACUCCCCAAGAGUUCUCUCAGCACUCUAAAGCUCUACCACGCCCCUACCUCUGUCUACACAGGUGCCGGAUGCGAGUACACAGGCCUCACCUCUCAUUACGGCUACUCCGACGAUUACAACACCGGUGAAACCGCCUCUGGGUCUGGCUACACCAGUUCAAACUACUAUGACUACUAUGACGACGACAACUGGUUCACUAGCGCACGCUGGUCCGGAAUCGGCAUCUCCUACCUCGCAAUUACACUAAUCUGCGUGCUGGGCUGGGUCGGCAUAGUUUUCAUCCUGGGCAUGAUCGAGGCCUGGGUACGCUUCCGUCGCCUCAUGACGGGUUGGCAAACCCGCCGUGGUCUUCCUCUAUUCUGGGCUUUCAUCUGGCUCCCUCUUUCUCUUUUCUUCUUGUGUUGUUUCCGCAAGGGCUACCGCGCCCGCAGCAAAGAGGACGCUGAGAUCCUCCAGAAGAGAUGGGACGCCAUGGGUUUCUGGACAAAGAUCCGCUUGUUCUUCGCCUGGGGUUUCCGCUUCAAGUACCCGACUGUCUUGGGCCCCGCACCUGCACUUGUUAGGGCAAGCAAAAGGCCUACAGAAUCUGGUCCGCGCUUGUUGGAUCCCCCUGCUGCUGAGAUGUCUCAGGCUCCUGGGUUGGCUCAGCCCUAUCCUGCUCCACAGGUAUCUGGUGUUCUGCCAGCGGGUCAUGGCGAGAGCGGUCCCGUUCACUAUGCUUGA